AUGUCUAGUCUACUUAUCAAUUAUGACGAUGAAGAAUCAAAGCCAAUUUUGAAACCCAAUGAAAUUAAUAACCAUAAACCUAACAUAUUAGAUGGUUAUGCUCCUGGAAAUCUUUAUCAAUUAGAAAGAAUAAAAAGGAUUUUAAAAAUAAUAAUUUCAAUUUUUAUAUUAUUAGCUAUUAUCUCCAUUUUCUUUUAUUUUGCAAAAGUUGAUCAAAUAAAACAAAUUGCUAUUAUAGAUGGCAGUCACAUCGUUGUCCGAGAAGAUGAUUCAUUUAAUCAAGACUACUCGAAAUUAAAAUACCUUAAUGUAAGUAAUGGUAUAGCCAUUAUACAAACCAAUUUUACACCAAGUUAUUCCAAUGGAUCAAAAUUGGAAGUUAUUUUAUUGGAAACUAUCUAUUGUCCCAGCUCAGAAAUGGAGACUGUUAUGUUGAAGUCAGGUUUUGGAAUUGAAGUUGUCAAAGUCAAUUCAACUACCUAUAGAACUACUAUCUAUUUUAGUUCGACAGAGAUCUAUUUCGACUGUUAUUUGCCUAUAGAGUAUACCGAGAUCUAUACAAGUGGGUGGCUUAAAGUUAUUUCAGUGUAUGGAGAACAUUAUAUGUCAGCUAUUCCAACGUUUAUUAGGUUUCAACCGGAUACUCUUUUAGAAAAAAUGAAAAUGGUUUCCUACUUGGUGAAACUAAACAUUAACAAUAUAAGAUAUAUUUUCUUUUAA